CACACCACGGAAUCCACGGAUGGGUGUGGACCACCCGGAUAAGGUGUCCUUUUACUCUCUUCCGCAGCAUACAAACCGCCCAUUGUUGAGCCAGCAGAUGAUAUAAGAUGAUCAUCGGCGUCGGAAUUACGAGGCCGCCAUCGGCGACGGGAUUGAAGUUUCCGUUUGGCAUCUCCCACCGCCUCCUGAGGCCGUGCCGGUGUGGUCCCGGCAACGAGGACGACCGUUUCCUGAACUCCGUCCUUCUCGCCUCCCCUGACGACGACAACCUCCGCCGUAUGCUCCGCCAAUUCGUCGAGUCCACUUCCCAAGACUAUGCCGUCGGCACUCUCUUCCGCCUCACCUCCCCCGCCACCUCCUCCUCCAACCCUCGCCUCUCCUCCCUCGCCCUCCCAUUAUACCAAGUGCUCACGGAAACCUCGUGGUUCCAAUGGAGUCCGAGGGUAGUGACGAAAGUCAUCGCCCUGCUGCACAAGCAAGAACAGCACAGUGAGGCCGAAUACCUAACAAAGGAAACCAUCUCCAUAUUAAAUGUGAGAGGGAAGAGCGCCCUGUCUAUCUUCUACGGGCAACUGGUAGAAGAGCUAUCAAAGCACGAAUUAAGGCGAGAAGUUCUCCAUACUUGCGAAGAGCUGAGGCGGCACCUCCUGGUUGGAAACCGCCCAGCGGCUUGGGCAUUGCUGUUCGGAUAUCAGUCCAUGAUCAAAGCCAUGCAUCUCUUGGGAAUGCCUUAUAUAAUCGAAAAGCUGAUGGAGGAAAUGCGAGAGUUAGGGCUUAAGGUAUCCGCGUUUGAACACACGUGUUUAGUGUAUGGGUAUGGGAAACUAGGUCUAUUCAAGGAGAUGAAGAGGGCUUUGGCUGAUAUGAGGAGAGAUGGAUUUGCGGUCGAUAGACUUGUUACUACCAUGGUGCUUUCGUCCUUUGGGGCACACGGCCAGUUGGGGGAAAUGGAGACAUGGCUUCGAAAGAUGAAGGAUGCGAAUGUGAAACCCCACAUGCGGACUUUCAACACUGUCCUCAACAACUGCCCUAAACUACGGGCGUUGCUUCAGGACGCGAUGGAGAAGGACGAGGACUUGCCACUUUCACUUAAGGAGUUGCUGGAUUACCUUGGGGGGGACGAAUGCUCGCUGGUUCUCUGUCUUGUUGAGUCGUCAUCUCUUAUCAGGCAGACACGCAUCUGGGCAAACUUGGAUUUGCAUGGGAUGCAUCUGACCACUGCAUACUUGUUCAUGUUACUGUGGCUUUGUGAGCUUAGGUGGAUAUGUAAAAGACACAGUUAUAAGCUGCCGAGUGAGGUUAAGGUUGUGUGUGGGAAGGGGUCGCACAGUGUCGUACGAUUUAAAUCCCCUUUGCAAGAGCUGGUGCAGAAAAUGGUAGUACAGUUGGAUUUACCACUUAGGAACGACAGCGAUACAAUCGGAUGCUUUGUUGCUAAGGGGAAGGUUCUUAAAGACUGGAUGUUAUCGCAUAAGGGUGAGAGAUUUGAUGAUGAGUGUUUUCUCAAAGAGUCAGUGAAAUAGCAUCCAAUUCUUCCAAAAAAAAAGGUCUUAUUGACAUCAUCUCUGCUAUAGACAUUUUUUUGUGUGGAUAGAAUACAACAGACAAAUUGGAUUGCAAAAAAAAAAAGCCAACUUCUCAACAGUGUAGUUUUGAUCCUGUCUUCAACAACCAAAAGUUGGAUUUGGGAAUGGGUGCCUGAAAAUAAGGGGGGAAAACGAGAGCAAGAAUAAGAGCCUGUUUGUUAACCCCUAUUCUUUGGAUCAUCCGAGCUUUGAUAAGAAAAGGAGUAAAGGUGACAUUCAAGUCAUCAUUUUGAACAAUUUAUAUUUAGAUAAUUAAACAGAUUCAAGAAAAGUUUGGCUCAUGUGGGAUUUAAAGUCAUACCUCCAAUGUGAUGGCAGCUGUGGGAUCAAUUGAGCUGGGAAGGGCUCGAGCUCCAGUGACAGCCGGAGUGAAACAACACAUUAGAGAAGGAGGCCUUCAAAACCAAGGCAUCCACCAUAUGUACAUUUUCCCAAGGUUUUUGUGUGAGACAGCUUCGGCAAUCAAGCGGCGAGCCUGUCCUUCUACUGCUAGGGGCAAAGAAGGCGCCGCUCCCACACCAACAACCACUCCUUGUAAACGUGCUUCAAUGUUGCUUAUUGCCCUCUGCAUUUUAUUGUCGAAAGUAACUAUGCCAUCAAUAGUUUCUACUUAAUAAACCUUAUAGAGAUAU